GAGCCUUUUACCACGUGAAUGUAUGAGCGUGAUGGUGUAUUGUAAAUGAGAUAGCUUUUUUUCUCGCAAAGUUGUGUUUGAUAUUUAAAUAGUGUUAUUUUGCAACAUAGGCACAACAUUUAAGGGUGAAGCGUUGACGCCAUGGCCACUUUUCGGAAGAAGGUGGACAAUCGUAUUCGUGUCCAGAUAGAAAACGGUGUCGCACAACAUUAUCGAUCUAUGUUUGUUAUUGUUGGUGAUCGCGGAAGAGAUCAGGUUGUCAUUCUGCAUCACAUGCUGUCUAAAGCUACAGUCCGAGCCCGGCCAUCAGUCUUAUGGUGCUACAAAAAGGAGCUUGGAUUUAGCAGUAAUCGUAAGAAGAGGAUGCGGCAGCUGCAGAAGAAGAUCAAAACGGGAACAUUGAAUCUAAAACAGGAUGAUCCCUUUGAGCUCUUUGUUGCUGCAACCAACAUCCGCUACUGUUACUACAAUGAAACUCACAAGAUCUUGGGAAACACAUAUGGCAUGUGUGUUCUGCAGGACUUUGAAGCUCUCACUCCUAACCUUUUAGCUCGAACCGUAGAGACAGUGGAAGGUGGAGGCAUUGUGGUCAUUCUUCUGAGGACUGUGAACUCACUGAAACAGCUGUAUACAAUGACAAUGGAUGUUCAUUCGCGAUAUCGGACAGAGGCUCACCAGGAUGUUGUUGGAAGGUUCAAUGAAAGAUUCAUCCUGUCUCUCGCCUCCUGUAAAACAUGUGUUGUUAUUGAUGACCAACUCAAUAUUCUGCCAAUCUCCAGUCAUAUUACCAACAUCAAACCUCUACCCCCUAAAACACAGGAUGAUGGACUGUCUCCACGGGAACAAGAGCUGAAGGACCUAAAGGAGUCUUUACAAGACACACAGCCAGUUGGUGUUCUCGUGGACAGCUGCAAAACUAUGGACCAGGCCAAAGCAGUGCUGAAGUUCAUAGAGGCCAUUUCAGAGAAGACCUUACGCAGUACUGUAGCUCUCACUGCUGCCCGUGGUCGAGGCAAGUCUGCUGCGCUGGGAUUGGCUAUAGCCGGUGCUGUUGCAUUUGGCUAUUCCAAUAUUUUUGUCACAUCACCCAGCCCGGACAAUCUGCACACACUGUUUGAGUUCAUAUUUAAAGGUUUUGACGCCCUCCAGUAUCAGGAACAUAUGGACUAUGAAAUAAUCCAGUCUUUGAACCCAGAGUUUAACAAAGCCGUGGUCCGUGUUAACAUCUUCAGGGAACACCGACAGACCAUUCAGUACAUCCACCCUGCUGAUGCUGUGAAGUUAGGCCAGGCAGAGCUGCUAGUCAUUGAUGAGGCUGCUGCUAUCCCCCUGCCUUUAGUGAAGAAACUACUGGGGCCUUACCUUGUGUUUAUGGCAUCUACAAUUAAUGGCUAUGAGGGGACAGGACGCUCUCUGUCUCUUAAACUCAUUCAGCAGUUGAGGCAACAAAGUGCAGACAGCCAGCAGAACCUCUCUGCUGAGAACAGAAACACCAGCACGGCCAAACUGGCAGCAGCACGAACCCUCCAUGAGGUGACCCUCCACGAGUCUAUCCGCUAUGGCCAAGGGGACCACGUGGAGAAAUGGUUAAAUGAAGUGCUAUGUUUGGACUGUCUGAGUGUACCACGCAUCAUUUCCGGCUGCCCCUUACCCCAGACGUGUGACCUUUACUAUGUGAAUCGAGACACAUUGUUCUGUUACCACAAAGCCUCUGAGACCUUUCUUCAGCGCCUAAUGGCACUCUAUGUAGCAUCACACUACAAGAACUCGCCCAAUGACCUUCAGAUGCUCUCAGAUGCUCCGGCUCACCAUAUGUUCUGUCUGCUUCCUCCUGUUCCACCCACACAGAACUCUCUCCCAGAAGUCUUAGCAGUUGUGCAGGUUUGUCUAGAAGGAGAUAUCUCCCGCCAGUCCAUCCUCAGCAGCUUGUCCAGAGGAAAGAAAGCUUCAGGUGACCUCAUUCCCUGGACUGUUUCAGAACAGUUUCAAGACCCUGAGUUUGGAGGACUUUCAGGGGGCAGGAUUGUCCGUAUUGCAGUGAAUCCUGAUUAUCAGGGGAUGGGUUACGGCAGCCGUGCGUUGGAACUGCUGCAGCGAUACUAUGAGGGUCAGUUUCCUCUUUUGGAUGAGAAAGAACAGACAGCAGCCAAUACGAUCACAUCCGUGAGCAGUGAGACUGUCAGUCUCCUGGAGGAGGUGGUGUCACCAAGAAAAGAUCUGCCACCAUUGCUGUUGAAGCUGAACGAGAGGAGAGCCGAAAGGCUGGACUACCUGGGGGUGUCGUAUGGUCUCACUUCUCAGCUGUUAAAAUUCUGGAAAAAGGCUGGAUUUGUUCCGGUUUAUUUAAGACAGACUCCGAAUGACCUGACGGGGGAGCACUCAUGCGUUAUGCUGAAGGAGCUUAAUACAGAGUCGACAACAGAGCAGGGCCAGUGGCAAUCUGCCUUCUGGAAAGAUUUCCGACGGAGGUUCAUCUCCCUGCUCUCCUUCCAGUUCAGCAAUUUUGACCCGACACUGGCUCUCAGCAUAUUGCAGAAUAAGAGCGCCAAGGAUGAUAGUCCAGCAGGACUCACCAGUGCAGAGCUAGCUGCCCAGUUCACUCCAUACGACCUAAAGCGUUUGGAGAUGUAUUCAAGAAACAUGGUGGACUAUCAUCUCAUAAUGGACAUGAUUCCUGUUAUUGCUCGCAUGUAUUUCCUCAAACAGCUGGGAGACAUCACAUUAUCUGUUGCCCAGUGUGCUCUACUAUUGGGAGUUGGGCUUCAACACAAGACUGUAGAUGAGCUUGAGAAAAAGAUUGACUUGCCUUGUUCUCAGCUUAUGGGCUUGUUCAACCGUAUCAUCCGUAAAGUGGUGCAGUUCUUCAACACUCUUCAGGAAAAGGCAGUUGAGGCAGAGAUGGUGGCCACCAAAGACAUAAGCAUGGAACCAACUGCACAGACACUAAAUGAAGAUCUGAAUGAGGCUGCCAAAGAGUUUCAAGAGAGGCACGAAAAGGACAUGGAGAAGGUUAAAGACAUGGAUCUUUCACAGUACAUGAUCCGAGGAGAUGAUGAGGAGUGGGACCAAGUGUUGAAGAAAGCAGGACAAACGGCUAUUGUUAGCAUAAAAAGUGACAAGAAAAGGAAACUGGAAGACACAAAUCAGAAAGAACAAUGGCAAGACAAGAAGAUAAAGAAAAAUAAGGACAAGAAGAGCAAAUUUGGAAGGAAAACAUAAAAGAAAUGGACUCCCAAUUUCAAAUGAAAUAUUUUUUGUCACUCCAUCUGGAUUUCAUCCUAGAAGUCAGUCCAUCAGAAUGAAUCCAAUGACCCAGUUGACUGAGAAUGUUAUGAUUUUAGAAACAUGACCAAUAUACCUUAUUCACAGUAGCUGCAUUUUGGAUGUUUUCACAUGAAUGAAAACGAGGCUGUGAGCGAAAGGCGUCAGUCAGUCUUUUCAAUGGUAUGCACUGAAUAAAGCUCCUAGAUCACAUCACAUUUUAUUUUAGGUUUUCUUUAUGCUAAAAUUUCUUGAAAUUUUGAAGUUUUUUUAUUUUUUACAUCUGCUUCAAACAACAGUACAGCCCAUUAAAAGAUUGUAUGUCUAUCCCUCACAGACUGAUUGUCAUUCCCAUCAAAAAUUAAAGAUGGCGUGAUAAAAUAAUGUUCAGUGUUUUUUUUUAUUAUAAUUUUUUUCCAUCAGUGAAAGCCCUAAAAGUUGUAUAGAAUUUUUCAUGUAACCAUACUUCCGUCUCUAUUUUGAAUUAACAUGUUUAAAUCAAUAUAUAUUCAAGGCAACCUGAUUAAUCGUGAUCUCGUGAUACAUGACUUGCUUUCAAAAUGUACUUGUCAACGUUUUGAAAAUGAAGGUUGCAUUGUUUGCUAAACUUGAGUGAAAUUACUUU